UUCUGCAAGUUCUGUACUUUCUCUUCUUAAUGUUUGAUUGUUGCAGAGAAAAGGUUGCGAGGAUAUAUCGAGAGCAAGAUUACAGAGAAACGUUGGUGUCAAAUGGUUUCCGAUAGACAUCUGUUUUAUGUUUCAGGACCAACACAUCUAACUUCUAUUGAUUGGAAGAACACUGAUCAUCAGAGAUCUGUUGCCGCCAGCUUGGUUCAGGGUGUCAAAGUUCUUGAGCUGGACCGCCAAGAGAAGCGUAAAGGAUCCGAGGCCUUGGCUCCUCCUUGGUGGGAGUUCUUCCAUUUUGAGUUGCUUCGCCCACUGGUUGAUGAUGAAAGUUGCUCCAUUUUCGGUGCCAUUUAUAUGUUCAAACCUCCGCCCCCUCCUCCUUUCUCUUCUCUUGGCACAAAACAGUCAUCACUAGAAGAUGCAAACAGGCCUCAUUAUGUAAUUGCCUUCCGUGGCACCUUAGCGAUGCAUGACCUGGUAUCGCGAGAUCUUAACUUGUCCCUCAAGGUAAUCAAGAACAGACUUCACAAGACAUCUCGCUUUGAGACUGCUAUGCAAGCAAUCCGAGCUACGCUUGUGGAGGCAGGUGAUUCAUCUAGUGUGUGGCUAGCUGGUCAUUCCAUGGGUUCAGUAUUGGCAAUGCUUGCUGGAAAAACAAUGGCCAAGGAUGGAAUCUUCCUCAGAUCUUUUCUCUUCAACCAACCAUUUGUAUUCGUUGCCCCGAUGGAGAGGAUCAAGCAGGAGAACAUCAAGCUCGGCAUUCGCUUUGCGCGGAGUGUGUUCACUGCAGGACUUGCUAAAACUGUUAAUCCAACCUGGUCACAACACAAAGAUCCAUUUUUCGGUCUGUAUGAAUGGGCUCCUAAUGUAUUUGUGAAUCAGGGUGAUGACUUCUGCUCCGGAUACAUUGGUUACUUUGAACACAGAAAGAAGAUGGUGGAGAUUGGAGCAGGAGGCAUUGAGAGGUUAGCAACCCAGAAUUCUAUAGGGAGUCUAUUAAGGUAUGCAGUAGGAAAGGAGACAGAGCCUCCAAUGCACCUCAUCCCUUGUGCAAAUCUCACAGUCAAUCUCACCCCUCCAACAAACUUCAAAGAAGCCCAUGGAAUUCGACAAUGGUGGCAACAGAAUCAGCACUUGAAGUUUGAAUCUUACAGAUUCAGAUAAUACUUGCUGGGUUUUUUCUGAUGAUUCUAGUUUUUUUAAUUCUUUUUAGUAGUGAACCAGCUUCAUUAGAA